GAGACACCUGUCAGCAGGGCUGAACAUCCAGAAGCUAAAUCCGCAUGAGUUCACCUCUGUUUUUAGGUCAGCUGGUCGGGGUUCCGUUAGAAAUAAUGCACCCCACCAUGGAGAAAGACACAACUUACACCAAGAUAUUUGUCGGCGGGCUGCCUUAUCACACCAACGAUGCUUCACUUCGGAAAUAUUUCGAGACUUUCGGCGACAUCGACGAGGCGGUGGUGAUCACGGACAAGCAGACGGGAAAAUCCAGAGGAUACGGCUUUGUGACCAUGGUGGACAGGGGGGCAGCGGAGCGGGCGUGCAAAGAUGCCAACCCCAUCAUCGAUGGCAGGAAGGCCAACGUGAACCUGGCAUACCUGGGAGCAAAGCCUCGCAGCUCGCAGACAAGUCUCUCUGUUGGAGUUCAGCAAGUCCAUCCUACGUGGGCUCAGAGGCAAUAUGGGCUCACCCAGCAGUACGUCUACCCCCAGGCGUUCCUCCAGCCCAGCCUGGUGCUGCAGUCCCAGAUCAGCCCCACAGCAGCAGCAGCAGCCCUCGCCUCCCCUUACCUGGACUACAGCUCCGCCUACAGCCACUACGCCCCCACAGGACUGGAGCAGUACCCCUACGCCCCCUCACCGUCGCCCUCUGCUGGCUACCUCAGCUACAGCUUCUCCCCCGGCACCCCGGCACCUGCUCUCACCGCAUCCCCGACGCCUCCGGCUGCCAUCCAUCCACCUCUGGCUGCACUCACAGCCGUGUCUGCCGCCCCACAGGCCUUCCUCCACUACCCCCUGCACCAGCCCGACCGCAUGCAGUGAGCAGCUCUGGGCGGAGCUGGAGCUGCUGAAAUGAUGCGUGACUGUUGAGCUGUGGCAUCAUCAGGAUGAGACUGGAUAACCAGGAGGAGGGUGUGAUGUAAUCAAAAGGGCUUUUAGAAAGCACUCUCAUUCCUGUUUUUUAUAUAUUAUUGUUGUAAUAAAGUUUUAUUGCCAUUGUCAUCAGCAUACGAUCUGAAUGUUUCUCAUAAGUGGCAGAAGUCAGGGACUGGAGUGAGACGACUGGUAAUCCUCUGGACGUUUCACUCAUACCGUUGACCCUCAGUGCAGAGGUCAGAGGCAGUCUGACUGCUGGAGAGUGCAUGGGUAAAGACAAUGAGAAAUAUGUCUGUUUGACAUGAUGCUGCGGCUGCAGUUUCUCCAAAGGUACUGAGCCGAAUGCUGGAUAUUAGCCAAGCUGGAAGCCAGUUCCUCUUUCAGAAACGCAGGUCCAAUUACCUCCUUGUCAAGGUUACGUUUCUGUCUAUGGCCUUAGAGAUCUCUCUCUCUGUACCUGGUUCAAUUUGUCAUUUUUAUUAUUCUCUCAUCUCAAAUGAACAAAAUGGUCAUUGUACUCCCUUUUGUUCUUUAUAUCUACCGCUGGCAAGUUAUUACAUGGUGAUAAUCACAGUUUAACAGAAUAUGCAAUUAUGAUGACAAAGGAUAAGCGUGAAUAAGGUAGAAACACUGGUAUAUUGUUUUUAUAUUGCUACUGCUAGAGCAUUACUCAGAGAAAGACUUUGUUAACACUUAAGACACAAUAGUCAUCACAUGACAUUCCCGCAGUCACUUAUUAGGAUAUUUUUGACCUGUAACUUUUGGAGCAAAAGAGUCUGGAUUUGGUUUUAUGAUACUUUAAUUACAUAGCUGUCAAUACAUAUCAAGUAAAAGUGUUUGGAUCUAGGUGUCAAGAAGUAUAUGUUGUAACUGAAUGUGUGUGAGUGUAUUUUGUGCCUGUGUCUGUGUGUGUGAGUGACAGAGAAUUAGAGCGAUGCAGUAUACACCAGUGUAAGGACCAAGCUCCUUUUCCAGCCCAUUGUACUGGUCAGAGUUGUUUCUUUGUUUUUUGUUUUCUUGGUUUCCCAGCUGCAGAAUACAGACAGACGCUUUAGCGAUAAUACUGCUCUCUCGGUGCUGUGGCACCACCUUAGUAGUCAUAAACUAAGCCAUACGUCACAUUUAAAACAAAUAUGCAAAAUAAAAUGAAUAUUUC